CCUCCCAACCAUAAAACUCAAAGUGUCGUCAAAGGAAAGGACAUAGAGAGGGAUGGAAAGCAAAUCAAGCGUUCACAAUAACAAGGUUUUGAUACUAGUGGCUGUUUGUUUCAUCUUUUUUGUAAUUGUAGGGAUUUUGCUUAUUCACAACGGCCAUAAGUCAGCCAAAGAUGACAUUGGGAUCACAACCAUUAUUGGGCAUCUUUUAUUCCCUUCGAAUAAUGUAAUGGUUUUGAAAAGGAUGAGAAGUUGUUGUUCUUUUUAUCAUCAGCACUCUUUUAACUCUAUCAAGUACGUGAGUAAAAGACGAAUACCUGGUGGACCUGAUCCCUAUCAUAACAGGGACAUAUGGCAUUGACUUUUGGAAAAGCAUGCAUUCUAGGCGAUGGAGCUAACCGAGCUAAGGCUUGAGUUCGUCGGAAUCCAGAAUUAAGAUGCCUGGAGUCGAUCGUAUGAAAUUAAUUUAGUACGGAGUAUUUUUUUCAUGCACAUAGGAAAUAGAUUUCCCUUUCGAUGUAUAAAAUAGAAGUUCAAAAUUGAAAUUGAGUUGUUAUUAACUAAUGAGCUAGAAAAGUGUGCAUUUACUGAUACUUUUGUGUACUUUAAUGAGC